AUGUCGAAACGCAAAGUCGCUUAUUUCUACGAUCCUUGCGGGCUAACGAACAUUGCAGCCGAUGUGGGUUCGUAUACGUAUGGGUUGGGCCACCCCAUGAAGCCUCACAGAAUAAGGGUGACACACGAUCUUGUGACGGCCUACGACAUGCUGGACCAGAUGCACGUUUUGCGACCAACACGCGCAACCGCCGAGACAAUGACCAAGUUUCAUACCGAUGAAUACGUGCAUUUCCUGAACAGAGUAACGCCAGAGACGGCAGAAGAGUUGACGUACCAUGGAACACGAUUCCUGGUCGGCGAAGAUAACCCAGCCUUUGAAGGAGUGUUCGAGUUUUGUUCAAUAUCGGCGGGAGGGUCAAUAGGUGCUGCGCAACGCAUUGCAUCUGGAGCGGCCGACAUUGCCAUUAAUUGGGCUGGAGGCCUGCACCACGCCAAGAAGCGCGAAGCCUCAGGGUUCUGCUACAUCAAUGACAUUGUACUCGGCAUACUCGAACUUCUACGGAUAUACCCCCGCGUUCUGUACAUCGACAUCGACUGCCACCACGGAGAUGGUGUUGAAGAGGCGUUCUACACGACAGACCGAGUGAUGACAUGCAGCUUCCACAAGUUUGGAGAAUAUUUCCCUGGAACGGGUACGCAAGAGGAUCGCGGGCGUGGCAAAGGGAAGGGAUAUGCGGUGAAUGUACCGCUGAAGGAUGGUAUCACAGAUGAAAGUUUUAAGAGUGUUUUCGAACCAGUUAUCAGCAAGAUUCUAGAAGUGUUCAAACCAUCAGCUGUCGUGCUCCAAUGUGGUGCCGAUUCCCUCGCAGGCGACAAGCUCGGAUGUUUCAACCUCACGAUGUACGGCCAUGCUCAUUGCACGCAAUUCCUUCGCAAACACAACAUCCCUCUGAUCCUGUUGGGCGGUGGAGGUUACACCGUGAAGAACGUCGCCCGAACGUGGACAUAUGAAACCGCCUGCGCCCUCGGAAUAGAGAAUGAUAUUGACGUCAACCUUCCCUGGAAUCCUUACUUCGAAUGGUUCGGACCUAGAUACCGGUUAGAAGUGGCAGAGAACAACAUGGACGACCUCAACAUUAAGGAGGGAAGCUUGGAUAAAGUUCGAAUUAACGCCCUUGAGCAAUUGCGGGAACUUACUCCAGCUCCCUCGGUGCAGCUUCAAGACGUCCCAAGGGACAGCGUUGGAAAGCACCUUGGAUUCGGUAUUGACGAUGGACAACCUAGAGAUGACCUGGACGAGCGCCUAGCCCAACACGCCCGGUACAUCUACAACUUGCAAGAGUCGGCAGAAGCGCCGUCCUCUGAUUCAGAAGAAGGCUCUUCCGACUCCGACGACUCCUCAGCCAGCCACUGGAACCGACAGCGUUCGCGACGUAUCGGCACAGGCAAGAAGCGCAUGAGCUUGCUCACCAACCAAUACUACGAUAUCCCACACGAGUACGGCUUCUCUCCACAUGACUACCACGGCCAUCUAUCCAAGACGACUCGCCGGCGCUUCUUCCAGAGUGGUUCUCGGUGGGACGAGAAUGUUGAGCAGGUCAUCAACGACAGGAUGCAGAGUGUCAAUGGUUAUCCGAGACAUUCUUUGUCGGCGACGAUGGAGCGGGGUGGGAGCUGGGGAGAUCGGGGUGGGGAGGACGAUGACUGGGAUGGUGAUGUGUCGAUGCAUUAG